AUGAAUGAGCAAGAGCCAAAGAAUUAACAUAGAAUCACAGUUUUUACGAGUGUAGAGAAAUACUUAAAAGAUUUAGUUACAGAGGUCCAUAUUGAGAAGAGUAAAAUAAAAGAAGAGAAAACUUAAAAGAAUAAAUUAGUUUUAUAUAUUGUUUUAUUAACAGCAAAAAACAGCAAUGCUUUCCAUCUGGUAAUUUAAAUUGUAUAAUUGACUUGAAAUUAAUCUAAUAAAAUAAAUAGAAUGGCUCGUCUCAUUAUUUCUAAUAGAACAUCAGAAUAAUAUAAUAUCAAUAGGGUUCUAUUUAAAUUUAAACUGAAAAUGAAAAAGUCCCAGGAAGUAGGGAAAUUUCAAUAAUAGC